AUGGAGAUCGCGAAGCUGAAAGUGCUUCUCGCGAGCCUCUUUUUACUCAAUUCCAUUCUCGGUGACAGGAAUGAGCCGCACCGCACUCAUCCCAAAGAUUAUAGCCCGAACCCCGCAUUUGUCCCUGAACAGGCACGCCCGCAUUUCAAGGAAAUUGUGUUCUCGCUGCUUCUCAUGAGCAUCCGAAAGUACAUGGUUGAAGUGAAUUGCUGGAUGAGCUGUCGUCGGUGGCUGCUGGAUGAGCUCAACGGACAUGAGAAAUCUGCAAACGAGCGAUUCGCUGAUCCGUGUGAAUGCAAAAAGCCACUUGAGCACUAUGGGGACGAUUGUACUUCGGCGAUGUUGACCCUUACAAUGAUGACUGGAACCCUUGGGCCCAACCUUCUUGGCAUGUCCCAUCUCGAGCCCGGAGAAACUAGACAUAUCGAGAUGCUGCAAGGGAAGACCAUCAGUUUCUCGGAUUUCUUCCUCGAAAUGAGACGCUACAUGGUGACCGCCGAUUGUUGGGAGGAAUGCCAGGACGACAUUGCCGAUCUGAACGAAACUGAUUUGAGUGCAACGUUGUCAUGGAACGCCUGUAGCUGUCCGCUUUUAGCGGGAAAGGAAGAUCGGCUCUACUAUGAAUUGUAUCUGAUCGGCGCUACGAUGUGUGAUCGUAUC